UAGUAGAGAUGUCUUAGUUACAACGCAGAAAAAGCCACAAGUCCCUACUUAUCCGACAGGUGUAUGCCCUUAAUUCCAUAUUCGAACGUGCACUCUUCACCUUUGAGCAUUUUCAGAUUGAAGACCUUGUUACCAAACAUAUAAAUACCAAUUUCUCAUCGAUACAACACUUUUUCUCCGAACUAUAUCAAACAAUCACCAGAUCUGUGGGGUUAUUCCAAUUAUAGAUCCAGAAACUUCGUAAUGCCAAUGGAGGAGAAGUUGGUACACCGAUUGGAGUCGGCGGUAACGCGGCUGGAGGCGCUAUCAGCCACCGGAUUCCGUUCCGGCGGCCCCGUCGGGACAGGCGAUGGUACAACGGUUUUAGAUCCGUCGAUUAUUGCAUUUGACGAUCUCAUGUCGCAGUUCCUCGGAAAGGUUUCGAGUGCUGCAGAGAAGAUCGGAGGACACGUUUUGGAUAUUACUAAGAUUGUUGAGGCCGCUUUCUCUGCUCAGAGAGAACUUCUCAUUAAGAUCAAGGAGACUAAGAAACCAGACAACUCAGGUUUGGCUGAAUUUCUCAAACCAUUGAAUGAUGUGAUCGUGAAAGCUACAAAAAUGACGGAAGGACGUCGGUCUGAUUUCUUCAACCACCUGAAGUCUGCUGCUGAUAGUCUAUCGGCUCUAGCAUGGAUUGCCUACACUGGAAAAGACUGCGGCAUGACCAUGCCUAUUGCAUACGUGGAAGAAAGUUGGCAGAUGGCUGAAUUUUAUAGUAACAAGAUUCUCGUGGAGUUCAAAAACAAAGACCCAAAUCAUGUUGAAUGGGCAAAAGCUUUGAAAGAACUUUAUCUUCCUGGAUUGAGAGAUUAUGUUAAGAGUCACUAUCCAUUAGGUCCUGUAUGGAGUGCUACAGGGGAAACUGCUGUAUCUGCACCGUCGAAAGCCCCUUCACCAAGUGCUCCUGCUCCUCCUCCUCCUCCAUCUUCUCUCUUCAGCUCUGAAUCUCCUCAGGCUUCAUCAUCACGCCCCACGAAAGGGAUGUCUGCUGUCUUUGACGAAAUUAAUUCGGGAAAGCCAGUGACUUCUGGACUGAGAAAGGUAACAGAUGACAUGAAAACAAAGAACCGUGCUGACAGAACCGGAGUUGUUAAUGCUGGUGAAAAAGAAGCCCGCGUGAGCUCACCCUCUGUCUCUAAAACUGGACCUCCAAAAUUGGAGCUUCAGAUGGGCCGUAAAUGGGUGGUUGAGAAUCAAGUGGGAGAAAAGAACCUAGUUAUUGAUGAUUGCGAUACAAAGCAAUCAGUAUAUGUCUAUGGGUGCAAAAGUUCAGUUCUGCAGAUCAAAGGAAAAGUCAACAACAUCACAAUUGACAAAUGCACUAAGAUGGGAGUUGUAUUCGCGGGUGUUGUGGCAGCUUGUGAGAUUGUCAAUUGCAACGGUGUAGAGGUGCAAUGUCAGGGUUCGGCUCCUACAAUUUCAAUCGACAAUACAAAUGGAUGCCAGUUAUACUUGAACAAAGAUUCUUUAGAGGGUUCUAUUACCACAGCUAAGUCGAGUGAAAUCAAUGUUUUGGUUCCUGGUGAUGGGCCUGAUGAUGAUUGGGGUGAGCAUGCUUUGCCACAGCAGUAUGCUCAUGAAUACAAGGACGGACGCUUCGUGACUACUCCUGUCUCCCACUCUGGAGCUUAGCUGGUGAAAAUUUUCUGCAUCCAGUUGUUUUCCUUUUUAUUUUUUUUAAUUAUUUUUUUGUUUACCAAUUUGAUAUAUUGGAGAGUUGAAAGAUGGUCGAUUCUUUUCUUUCUUGAUUGUAAGUUAUGUUCUGUACCCUUGUGUUUGUUCAAAGUAAGGGGCUCUGUGACUUUUCUGUCGUCACAUUUUUGUUAUUUUGUACCAGAGCUUGACCUUUUAAAACUCUUUUUUUUUGUGAAACAUUAUAUAAUUUCCAUAGCCCAUGUAAUCUUCCGUUCUAUGUUUUAAAAUGGAGAAGUCCUAAUCAGUUGGAAAAA